CAUUCAUAUCCGGGGGAGCCUCGGGGACGACCGAAGACCUCAGUGUUAAAAGAUGGUGGCCUCUGCAGUGUUGGGAGCUGCUACCGGUACCGGCCUAGCGUUGUUGGUAGCAAUGACGCUUGUCGUCUACCGUUAUUAUUCAUCGAGAAGGUACGGAAAGGAUUGGGGAGAUGUGGAACGUUUCAGCGUACCUCAAGGAUGGGUGAUGAACAAGCGAUCGGCUCCUGGAUGCGGGAGCGGCAAGAAAAAAUCAGCCUCACCACAAGCUAGUUACACAGUCACUCAAAAAGUCUUUAACGUCGCUAAGGAAGAGAGAACAGUUCAGCCGAGCAGUCAGCCAAGUUUGGAGAGCGUGGCACCACCUUUGGAAGUGACGGGUGGUUUACAGGCUACCGUCUGCACCACUCCGUCACUCUCUUCACACCCUUCAAUAGAAUCCAACAUUUCCAAACAGAGCAAUAGUUUAAAAAAUUUAAGCCCCGAGUGCAUGGGCAGGCCUGAACCCUUUCGGAGACCGCUUUCACCGCUUUUGGUCCCUCAAGAUUCGACCUCCUCCAUCGUGACCACCUGUAGCCUGAGGGAAGUGCCCGGUUCACCGCUCCCUCUGGGUUCCCUCCAGCCGGCCCUUUACACCAAAAAGGAAGGCCCUAUCGUUUUGAGAAACCAAGACAACGUGGGCCGCCUCCAUAUCAGCACUGAAUACGAUUUUGACAGAUCCGACCUCCUCGUCCAUCUCUUUGAAGGGGAAGACUUUGUGGGGCACGACUGCCUCGUCGGAAUCCUCCUGGAUCCUCCGGUCGACAGCAGAGUGAGACAGAGCACUUGUAGAUCCGAGACGAAUCCGAUUUUCGACCAGGUUUUUAAGUUCCCCGUCUCCCACGAUCAGCUCUCCAACCACCAUCUAAUAUUUCAGAUCUUAGACUACGAUAGAUAUUCUAGGAAUGAUGUUGUUGGAGAGCUGCGCCUGGAUUUGUCCGAGAUCGACGUCACUUCCAUGGUGGAAAUCUGGGGCGACAUCGUCAAAAUUAAUAAGCCUCCAGAGGAUCUGUCCGAAAUUUUGAUUUCGUUGAGUUAUCUACCUUCCGCAGAGCGCUUGACUGUGGUGCUGCUGAAAGCCAAGAAUCUCUUUCUUCCGGAAAACAGAGACACUCUAGACCCGUUCGUGAAAGUUUGCCUUCUCGCCAACGGAAAGCGCAUUAAGAAAAAGAAAACGGCUUGCAGGAAAGGGACGGUCAACCCAGUCUGGAACGAAGCCAUCACCUUCAAUGUGAGCUCGUCCUUCUUGAAAACUUCGGCAGUCGAGAUCGUAGUAUUUGACCAGGGAUCUGAUUUGAUUGGAGCACCAUCGACGGUGGGCUCCGUGCUCAUCGCUCACGAUAGUGAACACUGGAACGAGAUGUCUUCUACUCCGAGAAAAGCAGUGGCUAUGUGGCACAAAAUACGAUAAGUCUUUUAGGUUUAUAUGAUGGAAAGCAACCGAUUAUCCUGUCUUAUUACAAUGUUUAUGUUUUUAAAAUCCAUGAAUUUACCCAAUAAAAAAUGGAUUUUAUAUUAAUUAAACUGAAAUGAAAUUGUUUUUACUAAGUUCACUUUAAGGAGAAGUGAAAAUAUUUCUUACUGAUUGAAUCAAUAAAAUUAAAACUAUUUAGUACCUUUUCAACAAACAAACAAAAAAAGGUAACACUAAACUACUAAAACUGAACAACCGGCCCAUGACUUCCAGAGGGAGUAACGCUUAUUUAUUCAUAAAUAUUUAGCUAAGAUAAAACUAAUAUUAUAAUUUUUAAGGAUAAAUGUAUCGUAAAUGUUGGUCUGAAUUCACAGCGCAAGACUAAAAUACUAUUUUAAUUAUAAAUGACAAUGCUUAAUUAAUUUAUAUAAUCAAAUUAAGUGUAUUUUAAU